AUGACAGGAACUGCAUUUGUGAGGGGAGAUCUUUGUGAUUCGAACCAUAUUUUGAAAAAUAAUUCAGUGAUUCAGUUAUUUCAAGGCCUUCAAGACGCGCUUAUUUCUCUAAAGAAUGGUCAAGAAGCAUUGGAGAAAAAACAAGAUGCAAUGCAACUCGAAAUAACAAGUCUUUGCAAUGAAUUGAAAGAUCGAGAACUCCCGAAUAAUACUAUUGUAGCUUCUGUCAAUAUGAUUGAGCAAGACCUAGGAAUAAGUCCAACCGCAGAAGUCAAGGGAGCUAUCAACACUUGCACCAAGCAUAUUUGUGAUCAGCUUGCUGCUCUUUUGUCUGUUCAGAUUCUCAGGCCCAAUCCAAGCUGGACAUCUAUCCCUCAAGAGGACCAGACCAGAAUGUGUGUCAGUCAUUCACACGCGCUCAAGAAUUAUGGAAUUGAUUUUACCAGAUGUCAUAAAAACUGGGCAUCAAUCACAAAGGUUAGUCAGUUAUGGAGAAGCCGUAGAAAGCAACACCUCUCUGCCAAUAUAAUUAAUGAAUAA